CCCAGAGGUUGAAUUCUCCAUGACACUUUUCAAAACUUGAUUUUUACGAUGAAAGUUUGGCCAUCAGGAUCGGACCCAUCAAAGCUGCCUGCUUAAGUGGGAGAUAGAUUUUUCUUUCAAUCAAUUCUAAUUGAAGCUGCAUACCCUUAAUGUAUAAAAAAUAACAACUAGAUAUAGGUAGAUAGGUAGAUAGUGUUUCAAGGGUUGACGUUGUUGUUGCAUAUCUAAUAGAGCAGAGCAGUUUUUUGACGAAGUUAUUGAUGGGGGGAGGUGAAGGAGGCGGUGCUGCUGCAAGGGAGCUUGACCAAACGCCAACCUGGGCUGUGGCGGUUGUUUGUGCUGUCAUCGUUGUUAUUUCAAUCGUCCUCGAAAAGCUUCUCCAUGCAACUGGGGAGUGGUUCGAAGAAAGAAGAAAGAUGGCUUUGUACGAGGCUCUUCAAAAAGUUAAAGGCGAACUUAUGGUUUUGGGAUUCAUUUCUCUGCUCCUGACAUUCGGGCAGAGUUAUAUCGCCAAUAUCUGUAUUCCAGUAAAGGUUGCGGAUACCAUGCUGUUUUGCCCCAAGAGAGUUGAUACUACACAUCAUAAAGCAGAGCAUAAGCAGCCUGAGCAACAACAUGGUGGCGAGGGUGCACAUCGGAGACUGCUAUUUUAUGAGCGUAGAUUUUUAGGUGGUGCUAGCAAAGGUGCAGCGUGCGAGCAAGGGUACGUACCACUAAUAUCUGUCAAUGGAUUACAUCAGUUGCAUAUUUUCAUAUUCUUUUUAGCAGUUUUCCAUGUGACAUACAGCGCCAUAACAAUGCUGCUUGGAAGAUUAAAGACACGAGGGUGGAAGGAGUGGGAACGGGAGUGCACUGGUGUUAAUGAAUUCAAUGAUCCUUCAAGAUUUAGGCUCACUCAUGAGACAUCCUUUGUGAGAGACCACACCAGGCCCUGGACAAAAACAAAAUUCUCCUUUUAUUUCGUAUGCUUCUGGCGACAAUUCUUCAGGUCUGUUCGCAAGGCUGACUAUCUAACAAUGCGCCAUGGAUUCGUCACUGUUCAUUUAGCACCUGGAAGUAAGUUUGACUUUCAAAAAUAUAUCAAAAGAUCACUAGAGGAUGACUUUAAGGUUGUCGUUGGAAUUAGUCCGAUGUUAUGGGCUUCGGCAGUGAUCUUUCUCCUUCUGGAUGUUAAUGGAUGGCAUGCUAUGUUUUUUCUAUCCAUGAUUCCUCUAGUGGUAACAUUAGCAGUUGGAACCAAGCUUCAAGCAAUUAUAGCUCAAAUGGCAAUUGAAAUAGUAGAAAAACAUGCUGUAAUACAAGGGAUGCCUCUUGUGCAAGUCUCUGACGCGCAUUUUUGGUUUGCUUGGCCUCGGUUAAUCCUUCAUCUCAUCCACUUUGUGCUGUUUCAGAAUGCAUUCGAGAUCACAUAUUUCUUUUGGAUAACGUAUGAGUUCGGCCUACAGUCAUGUUUUCAUCAGGAUUUACGCCUUAUAUUUGCAAGAGUUAUUCUUGGGGUAGUAGUCCAAUUCAUGUGCAGCUACAUCACUCUUCCACUUUAUGCCCUUGUUACUCAGAUGGGAUCAACCAUGAAGAGGUCAAUCUUUGAUGAACAAACUUCCAAGGCCCUAAAGCAGUGGCACAUGAAGGCUGUAAAGAAGAUGGGCGAUGGGAAGCCAGAAGCCCCUCGUACAAGAACAUUGGGUGGAAGCCCUGAGAAUUCCCCGUUACAUGAACGCUCUGCCGCUGGGAACAUGGAUCGUCUAGAUGAUCAGGAUGUUGCUAUUGAAGCAGAGACAUCAACCCCUAAUCGGACAGCAAACAUCAGGGCUAGUGUGGAUCUGAAUGGAGGUCAGCAUGACCUUCUGACUGGACCAUGAGUAUCAUAACUUUGAUGGUGGAUGCAGUAAAACAGACGGCCCGUGUCGCUUUUCCUUCGUUUCAGAAUCAGGCAUAUUUUCUCUAACCAGCAGACACCAAACUUGCUUUGGGUUCAUAUUGGAAGAAACAGGAAAUUGAAUAAUCUUACAAUCUUUUGGCCACAACUAUCCCUUCUUUACCUCAUAGAUCAUAGGUGUGAUACAACUCAAACUGCAUUAUU